UUCGUGCUAGCGCCAGUGAGAGUUCCGAGUGACCCGGUGGCAAGUGCCGUGAGAGACAGCCUCACGAUUGGCCCCAACUUCAACUAUCGGCAGCUGUUGUCUGCGCUCGCGCCGCUGGCCACGAGUGCUGCACUGCAGCUCAAUGCCAGCUAUGCCGCCGAGGAGAUCUACGGCGCCAGCGGCAGCGGAAGUGGCAGCGGCAGCGGCAGCGGCGACGGCUUCAACGGCAGCGAUCUCUACAUCUACAGCAAUGAGCUGCUGGAGCCGGACUCGACGAUCGCCACACCCGCCACGAUUGGCGACAGCAAUGCAUCGGUGCCGGCGAUGCUGCCCACAAUGGUAACGGCGCAGCCGACCAAUCGCAGCGUAUCGCGCGUCAUCGCCGAUGUGCCCAUCUGGGUGAUACCCUGCUAUAGCAUCAUUCUGCUGUGCGCCGUCGUUGGCAAUCUGCUGGUGGUGCUCACCCUGGUGCAGAAUCGCCGCAUGCGCACCAUCACCAACGUCUUUCUGCUCAACCUGGCCAUCUCGGACAUCCUGCUGGGCGUGCUCUGUAUGCCCGUCACACUCGUCGGCACGCUGCUGCGCAACUUCAUCUUUGGCGAGUUCCUCUGCAAGCUCAUUCAGUUCUCACAAGGUAAGAGGCUAUUAGCUGCCCUACCCUUGUCCUUACCUGGUCUGACAUAAGCGUUUAUCUGAAUGAUAUGUAUGCAUAUAUAUAUUUAUAUCGUUUUAUUAUGCCAAUCGAGUGGCUAACCUUAAGUCAUGGCAGCUACUUGAAUUGUAAAUGCGAGCAGUGGAACGUGGAGCGUGGAAUUGCACUCAUUGUGUCUCUUGGCUAAUCUUUAUGUGUGUGUGUGUGUGUGUGUGUGGGUGUGCAUAAAUGUUCGUG